UGGAAGGUACUGGGGUUUGGUGGGGCCCUGGGCCCCACCUGCGUAAGCAUUUCAGGGGGGGGGAUCACCAGCAUUUAUUUGAGUGUAGGGUGAGGCAGUGGCCAGCCGGUAAUGAUUAACCCUGGGCUGAGUUAGAGAAUGAGGCCCACCCCCCUGCCCCACACGAGGGACUGGGGGGCUCUGUCCUUCCCAUGCUUCCUGCCAGGUCCUGGGGGCCGUGGCUCAGCCCACGGGGCCAGGCAGAUGCUGCCCCCCACCUCUGCCCAUGGAUGCCUGGCCACUGCCCCUUCCCCCUGCCCCCACCUGAGGCUGCAUCCACCUGUGGCAUGGGGAUACUGCUGGCAGUGUCUCCCUGAACCAGGGGAGUGUGGGGGACCCAACCCAGGAGGAGGAUGCUGCAGGGGCCCCCUCAGCAAGGCGGCACACCCGUGCCCUGUGCCAAGUGGGGCAGAGGGACCCCCCCCCUCCCCGGGGCCGGUAGCAGGGUGGGGCCUCCCCACCUGCUCCAGGUGUUCUAUAAAGCUCCUGCCACUGUUGAGCCACCAGUUCCUGAUUCCUGGAUUGCCGAGCGUGCCGCCAGCUAACGGGAGAGCAGCUGCUGCAGAGCCCUGCGAGGCACCGGGACCCCCUGGGACGAGCCCCAUGGCAUUCACCACCCUUCUGCUGCUGCUGGUACUAGGCACAGCACCUUCAGGUACAUGUGCCAUGACCACCACUGAGACCACUACAGAGACGACCACAACUGACACAACCACUACAGAGACAACGAUGGAGACGACCAUCAAGAUGACCACCACCCCCACGACCACCACUCUGAAUGUCACGAUCUCCAAAAACACAAGUGGCGAUGGGACCCAAACCUCUGUCUCCUCCUACACCACAGUCUUCCCUGCCACAGGCAACACCACAAACUUCCAGUCCAGCAACAGCUCCGCAGGCAACACCACAGCCAACAGCACCGCAGUGCCCGUCUCUAGCAGCACUGCCAUGUCCCAUACCAACACCACCGCAAACAGCAGCAACUGGGUCCCCCACUUUGGCAUCAAGACAACCAGCAGCAGCUCUGCAGUUCCCACCUCUGCCACAGGUGGUGACACAGUGAUCCCCACCUCCAGCACCAAAGGCAAUGAGAGCAGCAGCACUCAAGUCGUCCCCACGUGGAGAACUUCUGUCACUGCUCAGGGCAGCAUGGCUCCCAGGCAGACCCCCACGGCUGUGCUGGGCAGCAGUGGCAGUCCCAACCCCAGCAAAACCACAGCCCUGCUUCCUACUGCGGUCCAGCUGCUCCUCCACAUAUCACUGUCCUUCCGCAUCAUCAACAGGAGCUUCAACGAGAGCCUGCGCGACCCCAUGUCAAAGGAGUACAGGAGCCUGAGCCACACUGUCUUGACCAUGUUCGAAUACGUCUUUGGCUGCGCGAGCUGCGUGGGUGGGCAGACCUACAAGGGAUGCAGUGAGCUCCGUUUCAGCCAAGGCUCGGUGGAGGUGCAGUCAACCCUCGUGUUUGGGCAUGGCAACGACACUGUCGCCAGCGAUGCUGCUGAGCAGCAACUGAGGAACAGCCUGGACCAGAAUGGCUUCAUCAUGGACCUGCAGCUGGCCAGCAUCCAGAGCACUGUGGAUGUGGCAUCCCCGGCACCAGUGCCCAUGGUCCCGGACUGGGCCAUUGCUCUGCUGGUCCUGGUGUGCAUCCUGCUGCUGCUGAGCAUCCUCACCUGCCUUCUGAUGACCACCUGCACCUGCCGCCGGAAAAGCCGAGGGAAGCUGGACCUGUUCAGCACAAAGGACUCCUACCACCCCAUGGCCGAGUACCCCCCAUACCAGAGCCACGGGUGCUACGUGUCACCCAACAGCAAGCCCAACCCCUACAGCCAGGUGGCCAGCAGCAACGGUGCGGGGGCCGGCACCUUCACCUACACUGACCCUGCUGCUGCCUCUGACAACCUGUGAGGGAUGCACUGGGAUGAAGGGCGACUGCCGAGGGGAGGGUGUAGCUGCAGCCCCCCACUCCCAGGGGAGCAGCACCAGCCCUGGUCGUGUCCCCCGGUGCUGCUCAGCCCCUUGCCUCGGGCAGCAGGAACGAGAUGGUUCUGGAGCAGCUGGAUUCAUGUACAUGACAGAACUGGAUGAACAAAGAUUUGGGGGCGGGAGGGAGGGUACCCAGCACCCUCUGGCCCCUGCACUCGCUUGGCUUUGCAACCCUGCUCCAUGCUGUGGGUAGGGAUCCGGGCUCGUGCCCCCCCCGUGCUCACCCCUGGGGGUUCAAUUGCUCUUUUUGUGGUGUUAUUUUAUAUAAAUGUCAAUAUGUGGGGUGUUACCGCCAGGCUUGGCUCGGUGGGGAAGCAGGGUGGCAGGGUCCUUGGCUGUGGUAUAUUUAUCGCAUUUUGCAAUAAAAGGAUGGGUGCAGUCGGGCACCGUGUCUCACAGGGCUGCGGC